GUAGACCUACGCUGUGCAGUCAUGGUGUCUGGCACCAAAUCGUGGUUGCAAUUUAUAAAUCGAUGCUCUCUGCAGAGAACGCAUACAACACAAUACUCACUCACGAACGAGACCGUGCGAGCCCACAAAAACACAAGCGCACACAUGCAUGGUACCACCACCAAGGCAAGGCAGGCAAGGCAAGCACGGCACGGCACGGCAACAGCAGAAUAAUCCGCAAUAUGACCUAGGUGACACUCUUAUUUGUCCACGACCGACGUGUGGUGGAUGGGAUAGGAUGCCGUGUGCGCGUCACAUGGAUCAUAGCUCAUAUUACCUAGCCUCUCUCGCUCAUCCCCUUCUCCCAUUCUCUCGCCGAAUUCGUCGGCCCUCUCUAUGUCCGCUGUUCGGUCGGCAUAGCAGCUAACCAUGGCAAAGACGAAAAAACUGCUCUCCUCGCCUCUCUGGCUGUUGGACUUGUCGGCCGCAAGCUCAUCGCUGAAUGAAGGAAAGCGGGGCUGCGAUGACGAGGCCCCCUCGGCUGUCUCUUGCAAGCUCCUAUUUAGCAGUCUGUCUCCCCUCCCCGGCAAACAAAAGGCACCCUUCCCACCCCACCCCACGCCCCACCCCUCCCUCCCAACAAAAAAGGGAAAAAAGGACACACCGACGUCGCAAACACCUCGGCCACACACACACGUCAACCAGCUAGUUCAGCACGACGCAGGGAACCACCAUAGCUGCUCGGCAGAGAGACUAGCUGUCUCAUUAUGAGCGCCUCUCGCUGACUGGCGCGCCCGUCCUCGCCGCAUGCCGCAUGCGCGGCUCGCUCACCACACGGGAUAUCUCCUCCUCCACAGCAGUGUCUAGCUCACCCCUCUCGCCCUUGCCCUCCCCGCUUCCUCCUUGCGUCAUGGCAAAAUCGGUCACGUCUACGCCCGCCAGCCGUGCCAGGGCGUGUAUCUCCAUCAUGAAGAAGUGCGUCCAUCGGUCAGGGUCGGGCAGCACCGCCUGGUCCGCCACGAUGUUGACGCGGAGGCCGCCGGCCAUCGACACCAUGGCGAUGGCGAUGCCGCAGCCGCCACGCACCGGCGCGAAGCAUAGGCAGCUGCUGCCCUUGCGGCCGGCCAGGGACCCCAGGUUGGAGGGGCCCGGCACGUUGGUGAACAUCACGGCGGACUUGCUGGCCAACAUGUCACCCAAAUACUGCAACAGGAUAGCAAGUGUUUGGGUGGCCGGCCGCAAUGUGCGACAUGGCCGCCUGUGUUUGUGUGGUGGUUGGUGGCAGUGUUAUGCUACGUACGUGUGACAGAGUCGGCGGGACGAUGUCGGCGAGCACCUUGAGGCUCUGAGCCAUCACCAGCAUGUCCUUCUGACUCUUCAGACGCUGAACGGCCGUGUGCACCGACUGCAUGCAACACCCACACCCACAAACAAUUCACACAGCCAUCCGCCCGCCCUCUCGGUGCAGUGCCUGUGUGGCAUGACUUACCCUGAGCCUCUGAACUAGCGUAUCGUUAGGCGAUGCGGGCACCCUCACAGGCACUGGCACCAACUCGUUGCCCAACUCCUGCACCUCAUCGGUCCGCAAACUCACCGGCACGAACACGGGCAGUGUCAUGGAGUGGUCCACUAUCGGGCUGCCGUCCUGCGAGUGCGACACGGCAUACCGCCGGUACGCCCCCACCAGCGCGCACGUCAGGACGUCGUUGAGCGUCACGCGCGUGCCGACAAGUGCCGUGAGCUUGGACCGCAGGGGGCGGAAUGCGUCGAGAGGCAGCUCGAGUGGCGUGCCGACCACCUUCUUGCCCGUCACCUGCUCCAUGGGCCGUCUCGGGUCCUGCCAGCUGCGCGGCGCCCUCUCCAUAAGCACGCCCAGGGCGAUGCCCGGCGCUCGGAAGAAGCCCACAAAGGUCGAUAGGCUCAGCUGGGAUCUGGUGAAGGCCGGCUUGAGGGCCGCUCCGUGGUAGGCAGCCUCAGGGUCGUCCCGCCGGCUGUCGAGUAGGUUUUCCAUGAUGCGGUAAAUGAUGCCGAGCCCGUCAGACAUGCAGUGCUGGAGCCGCAAGAUGACGUGCGAGCGCGGUUUUCCCUCUGGUCCGUCCCCGGCCUUGUCUUGUGCCAAGAGGAGGCACCAGAGGGGCUUGUCGCGCGCCAUGGGCUGGCUGCACAUGCGGGACACCAUGCCGUCGAAGGAGUGCUCCCGCGAGUCGUACUCCAGCUCCUGGAUGUGCUGCGAGAUGUCGAAGUGAGGGUCCGGCACCCACCGCAGCCGCCCGCACGCCCUCCUCGGGAUGGCCGUGAGCCGCGGCUCCACAGACAGCAACCGGUCGGCCAUGCACUGCCGAACGGUCUCCACGUCGAUGGGCUCACAUGUGUAGACGACCGUUAUCACACUGAACCAUCACACAUCAAAGCCAGAAGGGACGUGGCACACACCGCCCUUCCUUCUGUGUGUCAGUCGGUGUCGUACCCGUGGUUGGCUUCGGUCUCCUGCAGAAAGAUGAUAUCGAGCGGCUGCAGUGGUGGAGGUGUCUUGUCCAUCCCCCACACGCACCACGCCACCACCUCGCACACGGCACGAUACAGCCAUGUCAACAGCGCGUAGGGGAUCAGCACGGGAUAGAUGAAGAAAAGCGCCAAGAGGAAGGCAAACGCGUCAAACAGUGAGGACAGCACCAACGCGAUCGUCGGCCGGGUGGAUGUUGUCGAUGCGACAGGAGCAGGAGGGCUUGUGAGGAUGCCGUCUUGAUGGAGGGUCUUGGCACGUAUCCAGUCCUUGCCUGAGAUGGCAGGCCGAGGGGGACCAGGGGCUGGUUGCGCAGAUCUGGAUGGCGCAGCACAAGGCGCAGCAGCAGUCUCGGGCGGAACGGAUUGGCCGCGGUCCGGAGAGUCCUCCCGCUUGCUGUCAGAAAGGCGCCGCCAUCCGAGAUCCGCCAUACUGUUCCAC